CCGUUGCCCUUUUCUCAUUUUUCUCUCUUCUCACUCUACAACAAAACCUCUUCUCCACCAUAAUUAAAUUAAUAAAUCAAGUUACUUAGGUAUUACUAAUAUUAUUAUAUUAUUAUGGCUCCCAGGGAUAAGACGGCUGCCGUUAAGACUAACGGCAACGGUAACGCCGGGGUGAAGGAGGUGCAUUUUCGGGGAGUGAGGAAGAGGCCGUGGGGAAGAUACGCCGCCGAGAUCAGAGAUCCCGCCAAGAAGAGCCGCGUCUGGCUCGGCACCUUCGACACGGCGGAGGAGGCGGCCAGAGCCUACGACGCCGCCGCCCGGGAGUUUCGCGGCCCCAAGGCCAAAACCAACUUCCCUCUCCCUUCCGACAAUGUCAAAAACCAGAGCCCUAGCCAGAGCAGCACCGUCGAGUCCUCCAGUCGUGACCGCGACCACGCCGCCGAUUCCUCGCCGCUCGACCUCAACCUCGCCCCCGCUCGAUUCCCCUUCCAGCACCAGUUCCCCCCAAUCGGUGCGGUUUUUCCCGGCACGAUGCCGUCGCCGAACCAGGUUUUGUAUUUCGACGCGAUGUUACGCGCCGGCAUGGUUGGUCCACGUCCGUCGCAGCGCUUCGCGUUCGAUUAUAAGCAUCCCGUGGCGGCGAGUGAGUUGCACGCGACGGCGAGCGACUCGGACUCGUCCUCCGUGAUCGAUCUGAACCACAAUGAAGGCGAUGUUAAGGUGGCCGGUACUAGAGUCUUCGAUCUCGAUCUUAACCACCCUCCUCCGCAUGAGAUCGCGUGAACCGGAAUCUGACCCCUUCAGUUUUUUUUUUUUUUUUUAAUUUCCGGAUUAUGAAAUUCUCUUUAAUUUUAUAAGUAGAGAAAAUAGCAGCGUCCGAUAACAAAAGAAAAAAGAAGAGAAGAAAGUACUAUGUGAAUAGUUCUUAGGUAGGCGUUUGUCUCUAUUUUUUUUGCGACAGAGAAACCACCGGUUUCAAGCUGUUGUUCGAAAUUACGAAACUGUUCUGCAGUUUUUUGUUUUUAAUUACGUAAGUUGUAUUGUUUUUGGUUUCGUUGAAUGAAAUUAACACGGAAAGCUUGCAUUAUCUUGAUGCUACUUUGGUGGCGGAAAGUGGCCGGAAUCUGUUAGGAGGGUUGAAAGAUGUGGGUGGAGUGUACUUGGUGGUAGAGGUCGUUGUUGUUGGGGUUCAUUGAUUGGGCGGAUUGACCCGCCGCCACGUGACAGGUGGCUUUUGUCUCUUGAAGGUGACUCCAUUGUCCAUUGGUGCCUGCCCUAUUUAAGUAGUGGACAGGUGUCACAGUGCCUCUCUUUCAUUUCAUUCCCAUCUUCUUUAUCGCCCCUGACAAUUAACAUUUCACUUUGGUGCCCCAGCCGAAUAAAUUAACUUUUAAAUUAGUUCAUAUUUUUUAAUUAAUUAAAGUAUGGUAUACUCAGAAAAUUAGCUUUUUUUUUUAUAAUAUGUCUUCCUAGCAAAAAUUAAUCCCCUCAAACCUUUUUCUUUUCUUUAAUGAUGUGUUACCAAAUAAUGGAUAAGCUCUAUCCUUCCAACCUAUAUCUCUUCCGUUACAUCCUAAAAAAGACGUUUCAAAGAAAUCCCAUACGCUUGAUGAUACUGACUUUCUUCUUUCUGUGAGACCUAAUACAAUUUUUCAACUUUUUGCAAGGCUAUUCCAUAGUUAUCUAUUGUUAUUUGGUUCUUUUGCAUUUGUUUUCAUAAAGAAGAAUAAGUUAAUGGUAUAAAUCAUAAUUUUGUUAGGGCAUGGUUAAUUUACUUGUCAAAGAGAAAGUAGUGAUGUUUUUUUUCAAAAUCGACUCACGAAUAGAAAAAAACUACUUGGUAAAUUUUUACAUUUAUUCAUAUUUUAAAAUCUAAAAUUAACAUUAAUAAUUUAAUAUAUUCUUACAAAACCAUUCAUAUUAAAUAGUUAUUUUGUGUUACUCUGAUAGAGUCAAGAUGAACCUACCGUAAUUUUAUAGUAAAACUACUACAUUAUUAGUGUGCUUCAAGUUGGCGACGACAAGUAGGUAUCAUAUCUGCAAAUACAUUUUAAUAUUAGUUAAUGUUUGUAUAAGUAGAGAAGUCAUAUGUAAAAUAUCAUGUAGUUGAUGCAGUGAUGUUGACUUCUUUAUAUAGAGUUUAAAUGCAAAUGAUAGGCCCUAAAUGAAGACUCAUGAGAUAGAGUUCAAUGUGACUUUACUGUAAAAUAAUUUGUACUGUUAAGGAUAAAAAACAUAACUUGGUCAUGAUUUCUUGCAAUAAAUUUGUACAAAAUGUUAGAUAUAUAAAACAUUUAACUUGAAAAAGUAUCAUAUUUAAUUUGUGACCUAUUUGUUUAAUAGACUUGUUAGAGAUUUGAGAAUUUAAAUAAUAAUAAUUUGUAUAUUUUACUUUGCACGCUAUAUUUCACUCUGUAUAAUGAAAAUUAAGCAAG